CUGGAGUUGGUAAAGACAGCCGGAUUCAUUCAUGCUUCCUGGAGACCUGUCAGCAUUCGGGAAGAUCUUGCUUGCAGAAUUCAAUGCCUUAGAUACCAAUCGUGAUCGAAAAGUGUGUCUGAAGGAGGUCUCGUCGUUCCUCGUGGCCUUUGGAUUUAAAGAAUCUCAAGCAGUCUUGUUUAUGAAACUGUUCGACGCGAACAGAGAUGGUGGGAUAUCAAGAGAUGAAUUUGCGGCUGCAGUCAGAAAAAUAAAACCGAAUCGUAUCUCGGAAGCGCAGCUCCGUAAGCUGUUCAGGCAGGCGGAUAGGGACAAUUCCGGCACUCUCAGAUCUAAGGAACUGAAGGAAUGUCUUUCGAAACAUGAUGAAAAACUCAACACCAAGAACGUGGAUGACUGGAUCAAGAAGCACGACAAAAACCUGGACGGAAAACUAAACUAUGAGGAAUUUAUCGAAUUCAUGCUUGACGUAUUGUAACACUGUAUGAUGAAUCUCUCAUAUCAAUAGAGCUGUGCAUCAAGUCUUUCUUGAGAUGCCCCAGUUGUUUAAAAAUUCGCAAAACCAGUGCGUAAUUGACGGAGCAAACCUUUCGAAUACAAAUCACCAGUUUUUG